CUUCCCGUCCGGGCAGUCGUUGCACCCAAACACUCGCAGCUAGUGCUUCCGCCCAGACGAAGUUCCGCACGCCUCGGCGCGGGGGACCGAGGCGACCCCCAGUUUACCGGUUCGGCGCCAGGAUGGCUCCCAAACUUCGAGACUCUGUGGAGGAGCUCCGCGCCGCCGGCAACCUGAGCUUCCGCAACGGCCAGUUCGCCGAGGCCGCCACACUCUACAGCCGCGCGCUACGGAUGCUGCAGGCGCAAGGUUCUUCAGACCCAGAAAAAGAAAGUGUUCUCUACUCCAACCGAGCAGCAUGCCACUUGAAGGACGGGAACUGCAUAGACUGCAUCAAGGACUGCACUUCAGCGCUGGCCUUGGUUCCCUUUGGCAUGAAGCCCCUGCUGCGGCGAGCGUCAGCCUACGAGGCUCUGGAGAAGUACACCCUGGCCUACAUGGACUACCUGACCGUGCUGCAGAUUGAUGACAGUGUGACGUCAGCCUUGGAAGGCAGCAGCAGAAUGACCAGAGCUCUUAUGGACUCCUUUGGGCCCGACUGGCGCCAGAAGCUGCCCUCUAUCCCCUUGGUGCCUGUUUCAGCUCAGAAGAGGUGGGAGUGUUUGCCUUCGGAAAACUGCAAAGAGACGGCUAAAAGCAAAUCCAAAGAAACCACAGCUACGAAGAGCAGAGUGCCUUCUGCUGGGGAUGUGGAGAGAGCCAGAAUUCUGAAGGAGGAAGGCAAUGAGCUUGUAAAGAAGGGGAACCAUAAGCAAGCGAUUGAGAAGUACAAUGAGAGCCUCUGGUUUAGUAACUUGGAAUCCGCCACGUACAGCAACAGGGCGCUCUGCCAUCUGGUGCUGAAGCAGUACAAGGAGGCCGUGAAGGACUGCACAGAAGCCCUCAGGCUGGACGGAAAGAACGUGAAGGCGUUUUACAGACGGGCUCAAGCCUACAAGGCACUCAAGGACUAUAAAUCCAGCUUUGCGGACAUCAACAGCCUCCUGCAGAUUGAGCCCAGGAACGGCCCCGCACAGAAGUUGCGGCAGGAGGUUAACCGGAGCUUAAACUAAAAACCCAGAGGGGCGGGCAGCAGGACACCUCUGCCUGACCACCUUCCUCCGUGCCUGCUCCCGGGACCCGGCAUGCCCCAGAGCCAGCUCCGAAGCACCCUCCUCUGCCCCUCAGAGACGUGAUGGCCUCCCACCCCUCAAGAGGAUUUGCCUGUUCAAAUUAAGCUCAGUGUAGUCAAAAACAAGACGCUUUGUUGGAAAGGUCUCUCCCUGUUCCGAACUCCCUGUGCUGCGGACAGCGAGCGGGUCACACAGGCAGGUCCUCGUAGGCAGAGCCCUCGGCUGGCUCUGCCCAGCACGCUCCAGACCGAGUUGCCCUUCCAGCGGCACCAGGCACCCUCACCGUGGUCCACCUGAGCAACCUGGGCUGGGGCGUGGGGGGCACUGGGAAGCCCUGAGCCGCCUACACCCAAAGCAGCCUGUUGAGCUGGUCUCCAGCGCUGCUGUCCCUGCCCGGUCCUCGGCACAGCACUCUGUGUUCUGAGCCCCAGUGCCUUUUGGCCGAGCCCUCCUUCGGUGGGGAUGCAGGACCUGGCCCUUGGCCAGCUUUGUCUGUGGUUCUGUGCCGCCGCCCCCUGCGUGGAGGCGCCUGAGCUGUUUCAAGAGCCGGAAGGUGUGGCUGCUGCUUCGGAAGGCGAGAUGGGGAGAAAGGCCUCCCGGAGGUCAGUGUCCUUCCGUCCCGGCAGGGACCCCUCGAGGCUUCUUAGUUCUUUGUAAUAUGUUGACGUUAAUCUGAACUGAACUGACUGAUUCUGUUGAAAUGUGUGUUGAAGCUACCGCAUUUAACGUUUUCUACCUAAAUGGCUGUUGUACUUUCAUUUAUGCUUUUUCAGUUUUGGUUCAUUUUGGAACUUUGCAAUAAUAAAAAAAAGACUGCUUAUGGAGCACUCA